CGGCGCUUUGGCAGCAGAGCACACGCGGCCGGAAGUUGGUCGUUGCCGCGUGUUCUCUUUCUCUCUGGAGAAGCCGAAGAAGCAGCCAUGGGGCGGCCGCGCAAGACGAAGAACCAGAAGAAAGAGCGGGCGGCUGCCCAGCAUCGCUCUCAGGAGGAGUUCGGCUCCGUCCCUCACUCCUUCGUCUUCCACCGCGGCCGCGUGGGCAAGAACCUGCAGCAGCUCAUCCUGGAUGUUCGUCGGGUGAUGCAGCCCUACACGGCCACCAGCCUCAAGGUGCGCAAGAAGAACACUCUGAAAGACUUUGUGACAGUGGCUGGACCUCUUGGUGUGACUCACUUCCUGGUGUUCACAAAAACCCCCACCAAUAUCAAUCUUAAAUUCUUCCGUUUGCCUGGUGGGCCAACCUUGACCUUCAGAGUUGCUCAGUAUUCGCUCAUCAAAGAUGUUGUGUCAACCCUGAAGCGGCACCGGAUGCACGAGCAGCAGUUCACCCACCACCCACUCCUGGUCCUCAACAACUUUGGCCUUCAGGGCAUGCACAUCAAGGUCAUGGCGACUAUGUUCCAGAACAUGUUCCCUUCCAUCAAUGUCCACAAGGUAAACCUUAAUGCCAUCAAGCGUUGUGUACUGAUCAGCUAUAACCCAGACACCCAGAUCCUUGAAUUCCGUCAUUACAGUCUGAAAGUGGUGCCUGUAGGAAUAAGCAAAGGGCUGAAGAAGAUCAUGCAGGAGAAGUUUCCUAACAUGAGCCGUCUGGAGGACAUCAGUGAACUGUUGGUUAGAGACAUAAAUCUUUCUGAGAGUGAAGCUGAGCAAGAUGGCAGUCACAACACCACAGAGCUGCCUCAGGCCUAUGCCGGCCGGGGGAACAUGAAAGCCCAACAGAGUGCUGUCCGCCUCACCGAGAUUGGCCCUCGAAUGACCCUGCAACUGAUCAAGGUGGAGGAAGGGUUAAGCCAGGGCAAUGUGCUCUAUCACAGCUUCAUUCAUAAGACUGAAGAAGAGAUCCAGGAGGUCCUGGCCCGGAAAGAGGCAAGGCUGCAGCUGAAGGCUGAGCGGCGCCGCAAGCAGGAUGCAGAUGUGGAACGCAAGCAGGAGCAGAAGCAGGCUCACAGGAAGAAGAGUCUGGAGGGGAUAAAGAGGAAGAAGAAGCAGGCAGAGGGAAGUGACAGUGAUGCAGAGGACCCUGGGAUGCAAGAGGACCAGAAGGUGGAUGAGCCAUCAGAUGAUGACAUGGAGUAUUAUCGGCAGGAAGUGGGAGAAGAGCCUGAUGCAGAUCUGUUUCCCCAAAGCGCUAAGAGGAAACGAAGGCCAAGUCUGUCUACCAAAGCUGGGAAAAGGCAUAAAUGCACCCAUUCUGCUGGUGACCAGAGCCCAGCAGCAUCUGCAGGAACCAGCACCAAGGCAAAGAAGCAGAGGACCCCAUGGCAGCAGCAGAAGUUGAGAGGCUUCUCUCCUCGACAGCCCAAGGGGCCCCAGAGUCAGCAGCAGAGGGAGGCUGGUCAGCCCGCAGUGCAGCACAGAGGGUCACCAAGGACCAGGAGGAAGCGGCCCCAGACCCCAGGGCAGCACCACACCCGGCGGCAGCCUGGCUCAAGGCCCCGGGGGCAGGGCAAGUCUGGACUGGGGCGGAAGCCGGUGCUCACGGGGAAAGGAAGCUUCAGAAAGCCCAGAUAUUCAGGGAAGAAGAGGCCAGCCUAGAGCCCUGGGCCUCCCUCCCUUGGUUUUGUAUAGCUGUUUGCAGGAUACAUAUAGCUACUGAUUCACUGUGAGCUGCCUGCCUUUUUGUCUGACUGACUCUGUGGAACUUGCCCUUUCCCCAUUGCCUUGCAAGGCACAAAUAUAUUCGAAUUGCUACAGAAUUGGCCAGCGGUGUCUGUCAGCUGGAUAUGGUGGCUGAUAAGGCUUGUUUGCUGGCAAGGGGAAAUGGAGCAGGGGGGAAAUCAGUUGUUGCUGGAAUAGUGGGAGAUUCAAGACACCUGAAAAGUGUGGUGGCUGGUAUCCAUUGGAACUGGUGGGGCAGAAGGGAGGGAGGCCAACAGUAAGUGGAGCCCGAGCCAGAAGUGGGCCGAUCCCAUUCAUUUUGUUUUCUGCCUCUUUCUAGAAGGGCAGGCGUGGGGGACAAACUGGCAGGCCAUUUUGCCCCCUCAACUGAUUGCAAGUGAGGGCGCAGGCUGAGGUUGGUGAGGCAAGUGCCUAGUUUGUCCUCCUGGGCCAGCCUGAUUCCUUCACGCAAUAUGUAGUGAUGGCUGUCAUUGCAAAUGUCUUUUUGAAAGGGAAUAGGACAUUUCAGGGAGGAUAACUCUUAGCCAGCAAGCCUAGUAGUCACUGAUACACAUUACCUCCAUUAUCAAGCGUCAAUAUGCCUUUGAAUAACUCUUGUUGGGAGAGCGACAGUGGAGAGGCUGACUGCAUUUGUGUUUUGGCUCUGGGUUUCUCACAGGCACCCGACAACUGAGAACAAGAUAGGCCUUUAGACUGAUCCAAAAGGGUCUUCUUAAGAUCUUAACUCUGCAGCUUAUUGAGGGUAUAAAGUAAAGGGACUCCUGACCAUUAGGUCCAGUCGUGACCGACUCUGGGGUUGCGGCGCUCAUUUUGCGUUAUUGGCCGAGGGAGCCGGCGUACAGCUUCCGGGUCAUGUGGCCAGCAUGACAAAGCCACUUAUUCUAUUCUACUCUGCUCUUUUUAAAAGGUUUGUCAAAUGGGCUCAUUUAAAUUCUCCUUAAAAUGUGCCAUGGAGCACCAGUGACCCCCGGAGGUUGUUGGAUUCCAGCUCCCAUCAUCCCUGACCAUUGGCCAUGCUGGCUGGGGCGAGAGGGAGGUGGAGUCCACAUUCUCCAUCCCUGCCUUUGAAGGUGGUCAGAGCAAGAUACACAAAGUGUGGAUAUUUCCUUUUGAGGAGACCAAUUGUGGUUGAUACUGUUACCGUGAUGAGAUUCCAUGAGCAAUUCCCAAUAAUUUUCUGGUCUCAGAAUGAGACCCAUUAAAGGAAAUUGCUGCUUAGCCAUGACCACUCUGCAGAUUCUUCAUAGUUGUGUCCAUGUUUGGAAUUCCGAAAACCUUGCCUUCUGAAAGUAAGAGCAAGUAUUCCAGUCCUCAUGGGCAAGAUAAUUUUUAGAAGAGUGAUGCCUGUGGCUCAUUUCAGGCAUCAAGCUGAAAUCAUGGUUAACACAGCUUGGCGUGAUUGUUAAAGCAGUUGAUUUAAGAGGUCCUUAUAUAGGUUUCUGUGUCUUUCUGCCUGAGAGAACAAAACACCACUACAGCUGUUUCUCCCCCAUCAGGGGGGAAAACAUACUUAUUGUUCCUUUUGAUAAAAAAAAUAUCAGGUUUUGGAUGAGAGGUAUGUGAAAUGAUAAAUGGAGCUCUCAAAGUGGCAACCACAAGGAUCCUUAACAGUCUGCACCAUAUUUUGACUGUCAGAGGAAUGCUCCAUAUGAACUCAAAUGUCCAUCAAAAACUGUGGAGAACAUUUCCUUUUAAGGUGGGUGUGGGACCUGAUAGCCACCUGUACAUGUGGGUUUUACACAUGUGAUGAAAGAAUAAAAUGGAGACCAAGGCAGGGCUAUGACCAGCAGAGCCCUCAGGAGUAAAGUGCGAUCCCGCCUCCACUCCCAGGCUAUUUUUAUUACAAUAAGAGAACACAGAAUUCAAACACACCAACCAAAUUCUCCCAGCUCCUCCCAGAGCAUCUCACAAGGUUGUAUGUGGGCAAGAAUCGGAUGCGACAGCUGCACUACAAAGCCAUGCAUACUUGUUAAGCCAGAAAACCAGGAAAGAGUAAGCAGGGCAAUAGAAAUUCCUGAAGGAAUUAGGCAGGAAAACAGGUUUUACUACUUCCCUGUAGCAGGAGAUUUUACAACAAAGGCCUCCUUAAUCUUAUGGUUACAGGAAGCCUGGUUCAGAGAGAGCAGAUGGUCUUCUGUGCCUGCUUGCAACUAACUGAAAGGAUUGCGUGCCUAAGUUGUCAGCUAUUUGUAAUGGGAAGGGAUAGACAGCUAAUAAGAAAUAGAAUCAAGAAUCAGCAAAAUGUGCAGCUCAUAUAAUUCAUAUCAGAAAUCAUAUUCAUAAGGUGGCCCUCACUAGGAGUCCCCUACUUGACUGAAUGAAUAUACCUCCAGGAGUAUCUGACUCAAUCAAAUUAAUUCAUGAUUUCUCAUAAAUUUACUGAGAUGCUACAUUGCACAUUGGUCAAGAGAAAUAUAUCUUAUUGGAAAUACAUACCCUUCAACCUAUCCCUCAAUUCCUGCUUUGGUGACUGCUGAAUUUAGGCUAUAAGCCUAAAUUUAGGCUAUAAACAUGUUUGAGAGGAUCCACAAAGUGUCCAGUUUUCUGUCCUGUUUGAAAAGCUCUUUGCCAAAUGUUUUCUUCAAGUCCAUGUCUCACCUUUCGCCUUCGAGUCAUAAAUUUGUUGGCAUUUGUCUGUGUCGAGACAAUGGAGUGUGCCUCCAGGGGCUAAGUCAAACCACUGGAGAAUUGCAGCGCCUGCUGUGGCUGCAGAGACUGUUAACUGCUGCCUCCAGCGCACAAGCCUGGGCAGUGUGUCCUGGGUUGCCCAGACAACAAGACCAUACUCUUGGCCCCACUGAUGUGGUCCAAAGGAAAGGAAAGCAAUACAUUUGACACUAUAAAAAAAUUCCUUCAGUAGCACCUUAAAGACCAACUAAGUUUAUAUUUUGGUAUGAGCUUUCGUGUGCAUGCACACUUCUUCAGAUACCUGAAGAAAUGCACACGAAAUGCACACGAAAGCUCAUACCAAAAUAUAAACUUAGUUGGUCUUUAAGGUGCUACUGAAGGAAUUUUUUUAUUUUGCUUCGACUCAGACCAACACGGCUACCUACCUGUAAUUGGACACUAUGUAGCUUGGUUGCAGGAGUUGCCGGAAGGAGACGUACAAGACACCAUCCAACCGUCUUAGAUACUCCACUCUAUAUUUGUGUUGUUUACUCCUUAGCCUUUUCUUAUUCCAAAGAUGUCCUGACAGAAAAGUGGGUAUGGGUUUUUCCUCUGGAUUUACUCCUGAACCCUUUCUAAUGAAUAGGUAAAGCAGUGAGGCAGUGGAGGUUUGGAUCAGAAGUUUACUUCUAUGUGGGCUGCCUUCUCAGGUUGUUGAGCCCCAUCUACCUCUCACUUCCAUCUCCAGCACAUGCAAAAGCCACAUGGACCAUUGGACCCACUACUCAAUACGCUGAAGGUUGUCUUCUCCCCAAGCUGGCCAGUGGAAGCCAUUUCUUGGGUGUUGCCACUGUCACAUACUGACAGCUUCAAGGAGUCACAGGUGAGAGCUGGGUGCAGGAUGAAGACCAAAGGUGGACAACGUACCCCAGAAGGAGCACAGCAUCUCCCCCCACUAAAGGGAGUACCCCUCCCCAACACCCCAUAAUUUGCAUGACCCAGCUAACUUUAAACAUGCCCAAAGCAAUGGAAAUUGGAAACAUUUAACUCUUGACUGGAUUGUGCUGUGGUCUUUGUGCUGUUGCUUUGUUUGGGUGGAAUUGCCUUGUGCCUCCAGGGGCCAAACGACUGGAGAAUCAAAACCUGCAUGAGUUCCCUAAGGUUACAUUCCUUAAGCCAGGGGUCAGCAAACUUUUUCAGCAGGGGGCCGGUCCACUGUCCCUCAGACCUUGUGGGGGGCCGGACUAUAUUUUGAAAAAGAUAUAUGAACGAAUUCCUAUGCCCCACAAAUAACCCAGAGAUGCAUUUUAAAUAAAAGGACAGGGUCUACUCAUGUAAAAACAUCAGGCAGGCCCCACAAGUAACCUAGAGAUGCAAUUUAAAUAAAAAGACACAUUCUACUCAUGUAAAAACAUGCUGAUUCCCACAUCCGGCCCCCGGGCCUUAGUUUGGAGACCCCUGCCUUAAGCAGUUGGACUUUCGACCAAGUAGUACAGGGGUCAGCAAACUUUUUCAGCAGGGGGGCAAUCCACUGUCCCUCAGACCUUGUGGGGGGGACUAUUUUUUUGGGGGGGGGAUGAAUUCCUAUGCCCCACAAAUAACCCAGAGAUGCAUUUUAAAUAAAAGGACACAUUCUACUCAUGUAAAAACAUGUUGAUUCCCGGACCAUCUGCAGGCCGGAUUUAGAAGGCAAUUGGGCCGCAUUCGGCCCCCGGGCCUUAGUUCGGGGACCCUGAAGUAGUACUUGAUCUUUAAGUUUAUAGGACCUUCUAUUUCUUCCCUCCUCCCAGUGAAGCAGACUUCUGUUUUUUUCUUUUAAAAAAUCCUUUCAACAUAGAACAUUAUAGUAAUAGAACAUCCCACUCUAACCCAGAAGCUGAUAUUUAGGCCAUGCAUGCAAAAUAACAUAAGUUCUUAUCUCAGACUUAUAUUUGUAUCGGUGAUAAAUGGUUGAAGUUAACCAAUAUAGUCUUAUGAGAGGACUCCUCUAGUUUAGAUUUUAGCCAUGUAUGUAAUAAAGCUGUGCCAUUCAAAUACAAAUGAGUCUUUGCUUUAAAAAAAUUCACAAGUGCUAUUUGCCAUACUUUAUUUUACCAAUUUGUUAAAGAACCACCUCCUAAGUUCUUACAUUAUCUCAUCAUUGUGAGCCUUGCUGUUAGUAGAACUUUUUUUAAAGUUUAGACGUAAGUUUUAUUUAGACAAAUCCUUUCAGAACAGCCACCUUCCCAAAGGUCCACACUUUUUUGUAAGAACCAGAUUCUACAGCCUCUCUGGCAGUUUGUUGAUGAGGGGCUUAUAUAUGAUGAGGUGACUGCAUAGGCAGAGUGCCAUUUUUGCACUAUUUUAAGUGCUACCUCUCUCAGACGAAUGUCCUCUACACUGAAAUCCACACCUCUGUUGAUAGUUAUGUGCUGAUCUGUUUCCUACAUUUGCCUUAAACCACCUGCUGUACCCAGUGCUUUUUAAAAAGAAUAAAGGUGCCAGUACUCACAUGAAGUUGUUACGAGUAAGUGCCAAACUUUUAACAUUUUAAAGAAAAAAUGAUGCCAGUACUGCAUACCCUCGAGUACCCCCAGAAAAGCAGCACUGGCAUCCCAUGUCUAUUUGGAUUAACAGUUUAGACACUAGACCCUGUUCUACUUUUUUUAGCAGAAUCCCACAAUCAUACCUCAUGUUGCAUCUGCUUCAGGUUAUGUGUUUUCACGUUGCGUCCCGCGGCAACCUGGAAGUACCGGAACGGUUACUUCCGAGUUUUGCUGCAUGCGCAAAAGCACUAAAUUGCACAGCGCGUGUGCGCAGACGUGGCAUUUCUGGAUGCGAACGCUUCCGAUUUGCGUAAGCUGUAUGAAGUCCCCUUGAGUAUGCACUCUUGCUUAAGAACAUUGUCUGUCUAACCUACCAUUCUUUGUAAUAAACCCAGUAAUUGUAACCUGUUCAGCAGAUGACUAGAGAUUGGCCAGUGAUGUACCAGUUGACAAGGCUCUAUCUCCUGUUCUAAGGGGUGGGACAAAUAACUUCAAACUUUUAUCCUUUAAUAAGGUUGUGAAGUGUUUAGCCACAAACCACACAACACGGGGAGUAACAAACUAAGCUGCAGUAAUUGUGAGAAAACCUUUUAAGAGGUUAUGGAUGGAUGAAAAAAAUGGUCAUGAGUCAUAAGCAGGACUGCAGAGGACCUGUUUCAAAACUCAGGCAAAGUAGUGAUUCAUGGAAUAUCAGAAAGAUAACAUCAGAAGUUACCACUAGUCAAGUUAUCAGUAGGGCCUUAACCAACAGUUGUACUGGAGGCCUCCCACACCUAAUCCGGAGUCCCUCCACCCAGUGGUGUAGCAAAGGGGGGCGGUCUGCCCUGGGUGCCACCCUGGAGGGGGGUGACACUCAGCACGCCCCCCCCCCCCGACUCCCAAGCCGAGCGGUGCCACUCCAGCGCUGUGCGGGGAUGGUGCAGAGGUCCUGUGUGCAGGCGCUGCACGCAAGGCAUCAUGGGAGCUGUAGUUUGAAAAGGUGCAGCAAUGGUCACCACCACCACCACGUGGGGAUGGUCCUGUGCUUGCGGCUGCAGUGGUUUGCUGGUGACACCGCUGUGCAGCGCGCAUAUGUGUAUCACACAUGCAUGGUGACGGUGCACAUGUGCAUUGCAUGGCGAUGCCCUGCCCCCGGGUGCACCCCCCUCCGCCUCUGCCUCCACCACCCCAGAGGGAGAAGAGCUGGGGUAUUGGAGGGAAAAGAGGGGAAGCAGUUGGGCCUCUAGCACUGUUAAGGCAUGGUACCUACUUCCUGUUUGCCUGAAGCCUUUUGCUAAGCUAAUAAGCAAAAGUUGCACAAGGCUAUGCUGAGUGGGCAGCCUCCCCCAUCCCAAAGAAAGACGGAAGCCACAAGCCACAGAAGAGAAUUGUUAUCAGGCUCCUUACAGCAAUACUGUCACUUUCUCAAGCAGCAAUCCGUUGCAUGAAGAUAUUUCUCCAAUGGGUCAGUGCCACCAGCAGUGCCUGUUUGCUGGUCAGCUUAAU